AUGGUCGAUACACGAACCACGCAGCGCAGCAAGGCUGUUGCCCCUCCACCCAUCAAAUCCAAGGAGGAUGAGAAAGAGUCGGCCCGUGAGUUACGCGCUCGCCGCCGCGAAAUGUCCCUGGCCGCAGACUCUGCCAAACUCUACAGCAAGGAGAACCUUGCCAAGGCGUCAAAGUCGCACGUCCUUGUCGAAGGAGUUAUCGAUCCAGAUGGACCACAGUUCAUGGCUAUCCGUGGAGAGUCCGAGUCUCCUGAGAUCAUCUUUAUAGCUCCACUCACCCCCAAAUCAAGGGCCAAGGCUGCUGCAUCCAAGAUAGCCGACUCAGCCAAGGUGUCAACGUUAAAACCAAGCAACGUCUUGUGGAAGCCUACUCUACCUGCUGGCGCAUACUACCCCACCCGUCAUCCCGGUCCUACUCCAGGAGCACCUCGAACUGCCGCUAGUGGGUUCAUUAGUCGCAAGGCUGUCAAAGCCUCCCAGGUCGGUCUCGCUAGCACUGGAGAGAGAAGAGGAGCUACUUCUACGACAUCAGCUAGCUCGCUGAUUCCGCAAUCGUAUGCAACGACCUCGGCACCUGUGACGAGACGCAUCUCUCUCACCCUCGCAGACCGAACCAAGGCAAAGGCGGUUAAGGAACCAAAGGAUAAGACGCCCAAGUAG